UCUCAGCUCCCGACGUCCAUCCCCCGGCAGCAGCAUGUCGCGCACGCCCUCCGUCACGCCGUCGGGCACGCCGGCACGCCAGUCGCGCGCCAGCUCCGUCUCCUCCGUCGGCGCCGGCGACCCGCUGGCGCCCGACUUCCGCCCCGCCAACUACCUCGUGCCGCAGCUGCGCAGCCUGCUCCUCGAGCACAACAUCAAGGUGCCCUCGUCGGCGCGCAAGCCCGCGCUCAUCGAGGCGUACGAGGAGCACAUCCGCCCGCGCGCCGCACAGCUGCGCCAGGCGCGCGACGCCGCCGGCGGCGACAGCAGCUUCGACAGCCGCGACAGCCCGUCGUACGGCAAGGCCAGCGGCCGCAGGGAGGAGGGCUCCACCACGCCGUCCAUUCGCCGCCCCUCUGCCCUCUCUGCGCGGUCUCCUGCCCGCUCCGUGUCGUUCUCCAUUCCCGAUGGCACCGAGUCGGAGGAGGAUUCUGACGCCACGGGCUCAGACGAGCUCGAGGAGGAGCGCGAUGACGUGUCCGUCUCGCAGAAGAGCUUCAACCUGAAGAGCCCGAGUCCUGAGGUGCCGAAGCGCCGCGGCAGACAAUCAAUGCCGGGACCCAGCCGCACCUCUGCUACGUCUGCAGCCAAGGCGCCCGCUGCCAAGCCGCGCGGCUCGACUGGUGGCCUGCCAAAGUCUGCUACCACAUCGCGCAUCGCACCGAGCACCAGCUCGCGGCUGCGCGACUGGGCGCCGACAAUCAAGCAGGAGGCCGGGUCGGAGGCCUCUGAGCUCGACCACGACCCCCGCUACCGCAUCCUUGCGACGCAGCUGGCGCCGCCGCCGAGUCCUGCCGGCGCGCCCCGGCGCGUGCCAAAGAGCUCGACCAAGGUGAAGCGCAGCGAGAGCGAGGAACUCAGCAUUCCAGUCCCGGGUUUGGGCUUGAUGCACCACGUGCGCCGAGGUGCACUCGCAGCGGCCGCAGGCUUCGUCGCGCUCUGGUGGCUGUGGUUCGUGCACGACUCGUACGCGCUGGGCUACUGCGACACGGGCACUCGCACCAACGCCAUCAUGGCAGCCAGAGCGCAGAGCCAUGCUCCAAACGUGCCGCUGCUGAGCGACGGCUCGCCAAACGUCUUCAACGAGGGCGAGCCAGACGUGCAGCUGCUGCCCAACUUCAUGCACCCGGCAUGUGCCAAGUGCCCGCCGCACGCACACUGCUUCUCCGGCAAGCUCUCGCACUGCACCACCAGCGACUACGUGCUCUCGCACCCGCUCGUCUCGUACCUGCCGCUCUCGUCGGUCUACCUGCCGCUGCGCACCACGCGCGCACACUGCGCGCCCGACACGGGCAAGGCGAGGCUGGCCAGCCAAGUCGGCUCGCAGGCAAAUGCGGCGCUGCGUCAGUGGCGCGGCGAAGUCAUGUGCGGCGACCACGCGCCGCACACUGCCGUCAAGGGCCGCACUGGCGCUGGUCUUCCCGCCGCCGUGCCUGCAACCGAUGUGCGCUUCGCCCUGCCCGAGUCGCGGCUGCGCGCAGACCUUGAGCGCCGCAUUCGCACUUCGGCGGCCCUGCCGCGCCACGCCGACGACGCCUACCUCUCGAGCCUCUGGCUGCAAGCGAUGGCGCCGUACGAGGACAGCGGAGCCGUGCUGCGCAUUCCUGCAGGCAAGGGCGACGCCGUGACGCUGCUAGGCUCUGCAGCGGCUAGCACCGAGGAUCUCUUGCUGGCGCGCAGUGCCAGCAUCAGCCUUGGCUGCCAGGCCAAGCUCGCGGCACACGGCGCGUGGAAGGCCAUUCGCUUCUGGCUCUCUAUCCUCGGCCUCAUCCUCACGGCCGCGGCGUACGUGCGCUGGCGUCUGCGCCAGGCGCUUGCCGAGAAGGCAAAGGUCCGCGAGCUUGUCGGCGCGGCGCUCGAGCGUCUGCAGGAGCAGGAGUACGCCAACGCCGUCGACCCCGUGGUCACGCCCGACCCUUUCCUGCCCACCGCGCAGCUUCGCGACCACGUCCUGCAAGCCGAGCACUCGCCCGCAGCGCGUCAGCGGCUGUGGGAGAAGGUCUCCAAGGUCGUCGAGGGCAACGCCAAUGUGCGCACACGGCAGGCCAAGAGCCGCGGCGAGUGGCUGCACGUGUGGGAGUGGGUCGGCGUCGCUGCUGGCGGCAGUCUUUCGCGCCGCCAGAGCUUUGCGGACCUCAGUCGUCUGCAGCAGAGCGAGUAUCAGAGCACGCCGAGCAAGCUCUCUCACGCACGCAGCCUCGCGGAUCUGCAGGGCGGCGACUCCAGCGCUCUCCUCGACUCGCCGGCGACGCAGGCGCAGGACUCGCCCGUCGGACACAAGAGCGAGCCGUGAGCGGCGAAGCGCAGGAGGCAAGAACGGCAGCGGGCGUGGCUCAAGCGGGUUGCAAUAUCAUCAUCAGAUACCAGCCGCGGCCGCGUGUCAAGAAGUGCGUGGCGGGCGUGCAAGCGGGGCAGUAGAACAACAGGUGUGGCCAAGAGUGUGACAAUGGGAAGGGGCAAGAGGGCAAGGCGGUCGAGAAAGACGGA